AUGGGAUUCCAUGCGAGGCAGGCCGCCGCAUCGGAUUUACGAGUUACUAGCCCUUCGUAUGCCACCAGAUCGGGAUGGGCCAGCGUUCAGUCGCAUCAGGCCUCCUGGCGGGGCUGGAAGAGGAUGUGGUUGCUAUUAAAGGAGGAACUUCAUAUUCUCGACUGGGAGUCUUCAGAAUCACUCGAGAUCAGUUUGACCUCGGUAUCUUGGCUACAAGCCCUUGAAUACGAUGGUGCACAGCACUGUUGCCUUCUAGUCGCUGGGAGCCUGGAGUACUACAUUUCUUUCUGGUCGGAACGCGAGCUCUUCGAGUGGAUAGACGAUAUCUCUCAAUGGACAUCCCUGAAUGGCACAUGGCAGGACUCUGUCACGCAGGUCGAAAGUCCGGACGUGUCUGCUUCUUUCCUUACGAGUCCAGAUAUUGGGACCACUUCACUCCCUUCGCUUCAGAUAAAUGACCUUCCGCAUCAAGAACCCCAGAUAGUUAGCUCACCAGAAGAGAACGAUGGUUUAGAAUGGAGAGAAGAGAUACUGAGCGAGUAUUUUGACGCGCCAAAGAGUCCCAUGUCCUUCACCUUCAUCAGCACCCCGCUCAAAUUAGUCCGCAAACGGGCAUGCAAGAGAAAGGGCAGUGAAGGCAGGUCUCAAGACAAACCUAUGCCAUCGCAUCGCCCUAAUCCAAGCUGGACGGUCAACAAGCACAAACUUUACCAGAAUUUACUUUCGCUCUUAGUUCUAGUAACCACAGUCGACAGCCUACGACAGGAUGACCGUAUGCUGGAUGUCAUGCGGGAACUAUUCAAAUCCAUAGAGGCCCUGGACACCGUCACCACAUUUCUUGGACAGCCAGAGUGGCUCCGGGACGUACCAUGGGAAACGCGCAAGAAGGACGAAGCCGAUUUAGUGACGCUCCUCCGCGCGAUCUCCACAUCGAAGUCCGGGUUCAAGGCCGUCCUUGGUCUGCGUGGGGAGAGCGCGCAGCAGUUCCUGGACAUGGCUCACGAGGCGCGUGCAUUCAUAUCUAUCUUUGCCGUCCCUUGA